UCGAUCCGAACACUGAGUUGGACGUGAAGUGACUGCGGAUAAGCAAAUCGAGACGAAAUGAAUACUAAAGGCAAACUAGUUUUGCUGCUACUGAGCACCAUGCUAAGCGUCAAUACAAACGCAUCGGCGACGACAAAGUGCGGCAGUUUUCAAGAGUAUCUGCUCUACAGCACUGACACGGAAGCGAAGCCCACCGAAUAUACCUGGAUGGGUGUACUAUAUGAAUUGGAAGACUCUUCCCUGACGAACACAAACUGUAGCGUGAUCAUUGUGAGCGAGUCACACGUCCUGGCAACCGGCUCCUGUGUGCGAGAGAAGCGUCCGGAGUCGCUAACGGUACGACUGGGCAUGUGGGAUGAGAGGCAUAAGCCAGGCAACGAAGUCGUAUGCGAUUUGGAUGGGUAUUGUGUGUCGAGACCCGUGGACUAUCAAGUAAAGGGAAUCCUAGUACACCCACAGGCCGAUGCAAAAACCGGAGAUUACGAUUUGGCCAUACUGGAGCUGAAGGAGCGCAUUAAUUGGACACAGUACAUUCAGCCGUUGUGUGUGAAUCCGAACUCCGAGCCGGAGUCGUUGAUCAGUCGCAUUUAUCAUUAUAGUGGCUUCGAUAACAGUGACUAUAUAAAGGGCAAGGGUCUGACGGAAACCUUAUCGAAUGCAUACUGUAAGGUGAUAGGCAAGCUGUCCGCUCUACCAUCGGCCCAUCAAUUCUGUACCUAUCCAGACAAACAAACCCAUUUCUAUAAUGGCGCCGCCCUGAUGGGCAUCAAUGUGGAGAAGGAUGUGCCGCGUAACUUUUACUUGAUCGGUAUACUGUUGAAAUUCUACGAGAAUGAUGAAAGGUCGCUAUUAUUCUUCCAUGACAUUAGACCCGUGCGUGACUGGAUAAUAAGUAAUACCCGUACAGAUUAAAAAUCAGACAUCAUAGAUAUUUUUACUUGGGAACUUCACACAAAUUUGCAUACGAAACGAGUUCAUUUUAACCCUAUUUUAUUCGUAAUUAAGUUCAUAUUUAUUAGUCAGAUAGCUGGUGGCAAGUAAUUGAUUUUAAAGUAAUAAUUAAUUCAAACUACAAAUUUAAAUCUCAAAUAAAGAUCAACAGUCUCAAAUCAAAAACGUGCUCUUAAAAAUGGUAAUGAAGAUGACUUGAUUUAAGGCUUUUCAUAAAUACUUUUCACGCGCUGUUCAUAUUUGAUUUAAGUUUUACUUGAAUCAGGAAUACAUUUUAUUCAUUCUGUUGUUCCCGUUUGGUGCCACUAAAUAGAUCGCUUCCAAAAUAUAUAUUUCGGAAUAGUUACUUUCGUUGUUUGCAGCUUUGCUUCUAAAUAAAAUAGAAUACUUCUUAAAACUUAAAACUUGCUCUCAUCUCAUGCGGCCUGCAAAUACUUAUUACACUUAUAGGAACAUUAAACAUUAAGCCUAUUAAAAUUUUAUACCCUGAUCAUAUUGAAAAUUAUUCAAAGAGGUAUAAUAGAGGCAGAUGGCAUAUUCUUGAACAGCAUCAGAUGCUAAAAGAGCUGGUGAUGGUAAAAUUUUCAAAGAAGUUCUCAAAUACCAUACUCAAAUAAAAUGUAUUUCAUUUUAUCGAUAACUCACACCAUGUUCCGAAUAUCGAUAUAAAUUCAUUUCACAUUGCAAAAGAAGACACAAUUUUAAAAAUAUUGCCUUUUAAUGGAUAUAUUAUUGAUCAACUGUACAAUUUCUUUAAGAUCGAAACAAAAUUCCAUAUUGAAAAAACUAAUAUCAGUAAGUCUUUUAUUAUAUAUAUAUAUAUAUGUAUAUUUAUUUAUAUAUAUCCAGUUGCACUUUCUCUAGUUUCACAUAUAUUUUGUAAAUGCUGCAGAUCUUAAGAAAUUAUUUUAAUUUGUCGUGAAGUGUGAAACGUAAAUGGAUACUUAAUCAGGCAGACCGGCAAAGUCAAAUCCUUAACAUUGUCUUGUUUUAUGCAAACUAGUUUGACUUUCAAUAGUUCAACUAUUCAUCAUGCGAUGUACCAGCUAAGUAUAUAAUAUAUGUCAGGGCAAUGUAUAAAUUAAAGUGGCCCGCUGUGUAUUUGCUGAAAUUCAAACUUCCUUGGUUUUGAAAAGAAGAUAGAAACAAAACCCCAAAGCGAAAGCCUUAGUUCAAAAGCAAUAAAGAUUUGUGCAAGUUCA